AUGGCUUCCAACUUGAAAUACAGCAGCUCUUCCGAACCGAGACCAAAGCAUUUACGGGUGUCAAGAAUAACAAAUGAUCGCACACUAGCUCAAUCUGCGCCAAAGCCGUCAAGCAAGAAGAAUGCGACGACACCGUUAGCUACUAUGCAAAGUGCUCCUUCGAAUGAAAGCCAUCGAUUAAAAGAUACCAUCAAUAGAAAAAUUGCAUUUGAUGUUGAUGAAGAAGAAAUAAAUUCGAUGGAGAACGGAAUAGAUGAUAUCGAAUCGUUUACUACGGAAAAUCAAAGCGAUAUAUCAGAAGCGAUUGACUCUCAGAUGGUUUAUGAACGCCUGAUGCAAGUGAGGAAAUUUCUUAAGCAAGUUACGCAAAGAUAUAAAGAACUUCAAACUAUAGAAGUUAAUGAUGAUGGUAGAAAGAAUUUGUAUGCACAGCAAAAAAUCAGACUUGCUGGAUUUAUUAAGACAUUAAAGGGACAGGAGCAAGGAUAUUUAGAUCUGAUGAGAAAAGUUAUGAAUACUGAGAAUGUAAGAUCUGAGGCAGACACAGAAAGCAAUCUUUCGGAAACAUUGCGAUACGAUGAUCAAAUUGAAACUAAUAAUCCAACGAAUGACUUAGUAAUUGAUGACUCUAAAUUGCUAACAAUUUUACAGUUAGAUUGUUUCUUUGCUUACUCGCUUAGAUCUAAGUCGAAUGCUCUAUUGCAGGCGGAUGCAACGGAAGAUGCCGCAGAAGAGAUGAAUGCUUUACGAAAUAAAUAUGCGAUUAUGCAAAAUAUCCUUACGCAACAAAAGGAGCUGAAUGAACUUCGUAGUCGUCAGGCCGCUUUAGUUGCAUUGCAACAGCGAUCGCAAGACCGACAAAACGAUUUAAAGGAUGAAACGGAUAAAAGUAGUGAACCUGAAAGCGCUAAUAAACGACAAGCUGAACUUUUAAACAAGAUGCUACUAUUGAAACAUCGGCAACAGCACAUUCAAGAUACAGAAAGUAUGGAAAAAUUUGCUGACGUCAAUGAUGAUCCGGAGUUACUGCAAAAAUUAAGAUUAUUGCAAGAAUCACGAUCGCGUGUCGCUCGUUUAAAGGAAUUAAUUCCUGAGGUUGUAAUAGAUGAUGAGGAAGAGAAUGCCGGUAGCAGUUCGAUAGACGACAGUCUAGCUAUUUCAACGGAAGACCCUGAAAUCCAAGAGAAAUUAACGAAAUUUGCCUAUUGGUUAUUACUGAUAUCUAGAAAAUUAAACGUUGCCAAGAAACGAUUACAAAAAUUAAAAGAAUUGAUGAAAAUCGUUCAAGAGGUAUCUAGUAUUAAUAGACCAAGAUUGAAAAAAUCUGAAAAAUUACAUACGGAAGAAAGUAACAAAUCUGAUGAUGUGGACCACUUUCAAGAAGAGCAAUUGCAUAAACUGCAAGAAAAGCAAGAAAAGUUAUUACAUUUAAAGAAAGUUCUCGAAGAACUAAAAUCUUCUCUCUCUGAUUCUCUGAACCUACCGCCAGCACCUACAGAUGAUCUGGCCGCAAAGAGUGAUAAAAGGAAUGAUUUAGCUUUGAAUAAUUCCAAUUCGGCACUAUGGGGUGAACUACGUAAGCGGCGCGAAUUACAGGAAGAGCUUAAAAGUAAAAGAAAGCAAUUGCAGCAAUUGCUUGCUGUAGAAAAGGCAAAGGAAAUGGAAGGCUUGGCGAAUGGGCCAUCAGUGAAUGGCACCGAAGAAGUUAUGGGAUAUGGAUAUGACGGUGCCACCACUCAAGCAACGUGGGGUGGUUCUACGCCGGACGUUGGGGAUUUUAACGCAAAUCUAGAAGACGACUUGGAUGACGGUUACGUUGCAACCAGAGGUAUGGAAGAAGAUUCUGCUUCUAGCGAAUCUAAUGAAAUCGAAUCUGACGAUAGGAAGGAAUUUAAGUCUGAUAGAAAUCGUAGUAGAGACUAUCGUAAUGUUGAUAAUGAUUUGUUGAGUAGGAAAGAGCUACUUGCAGUUAAAAGGCAGUAUGCCGGCCUAGGAAAGCAAAUGGAUGGAAUGAAAUCUCUUUUACAAUCGCUAGCAGUUAACUUGCGAGUGCCUUCCAAAUCUGAUGAAGAGAUGUAUUUAUCUGAACCUAAUGAAAGACCAAAUUUUGGUGCUGUCCGUAAAGGGCAGGAUCAAGUAUACAUGAGGCAGCUGGAAAUGAGUAAUACAUUAAACCAGUGUCUUUUACAACAAAUGAAGCAACAACAGGAAAUACAGGAAGUUCAAAAGCAAACGAACCAGCUGUAUUGGAUGUUCAUGGAUCGCCGUCAUAAAUAUACUGAUCAGGCAUUAGGCAGGUUGUACUCGGAUUCAAGCUUGACAUCGGGUCCGGAAAGUACUAACAACGAAAGAUCAUUCCAACGUUCAAAGAAAGGUAAAAGUCAUGAAGAUCUUUUAAGGCGGAUAGCCAGCGAUAGAGAGUCUGGUAUAACAAGUGCUACCGAUCAGUCACUUUUCGAAACUUUAAGAGAGCCAAUCUAUUCUGAAGUAGCUGCAUUAAUAUCUCAAAAUGAGGACAGGCCUCACUUUUUGAUUGAACUAUUCCGAGAACUACAACAGUUAACAACGGAUUAUUUACGUCAGCGAGCGAUAUUUUCGUUACAAGACCUUACUAGGCGUUAUUUGCGGGAAGAUACCAUAGCUACAAGAGAGCCACAGCGCAAUCAACGGCCUUGGGCGUUAUCAAAUGCUACUUCCGAGCAUACACCAAGUGAAAGUAUUGCUACCAUUGAUGAUGAAGAAAUGCAGGCUCAACUAGGAGGGCGCCGUAGCAAUCGAAGACAUACUCAAGACGACGAUAUUAGCUGUUUGAGCUACGAUUACAUGGAAGUGGUUGAUUCGGCUACAUCUAUGGCCACUCCACCGUCCAACUCUAGCCCGUACGAUUUACCUUUUGCUUCAGACUCUUUAGGAGAUACAAUUAUCCACUUAGAUAAGGCACUUAAAGAAGUUAGAGCCGUUGAUGAAAGGGCACGACGUGGUACAUUCACGAUAGAAACGGAAAUGGCCAAGGAAGGAGUUGAUAAGAUUUCGAAAGCAAGUAGUAUUGAAAGUCAUAAAAGGAAGGGCGAUGCAACUUUAAGUAAUAAUAGCUCCGCUUAUGAUGUUGAAAGUAGUUCAUCGUUGAGCGAUGUUCCUUACCCUCGCGUUAAUACUCAAGAACUGGACCGACGAAUACAUGUGAUUCUAAAGGAACUGGUACCCUACAUAAAGGAACACUCGCAGGAAUCUUGUUCUUCGCCUAUGUUAAGUGCUAUUUGUGCUCGUGUUCUGUCGUUAGCACAGAAUCAAACCGAAAAUGAGGAGUUUGCAAGAUUCUUUCAUCGUCAGUUGAACUCAACAUUGAUAGACUCGCUUGGAAAAUAUAUUGGAAGAAGCCACGAAAAAUCAAGCCAAGAAAUACCAUCCUAUUUACCCAGCGGUAGUGGUAAUCAACAAUAUACAAGUGAAGACGGGAAUGAUAAUUCAGAAAUUGACUCUGAAACUGAAGCGGAAAGCGCUGAAGAUAAGCCAGUUGAUUCCGUUCAUGAACGAGAGGUAAAAACCGCAGUUGAUAUGCUAUCGAAAGAUAAGAGUGAUCAAUCUAUGGACGUUGAAAUGGAAGAAUUAGGCAAAGAUCGCGACGAUGCUAUGGCAAAUCAGUUUGAAGAGCGGUCAAUUGAGCUGAUGCAGGAAACGGAAUUUAUUGAUUGUACUGGCGAUUCUGCUCAAACGGAAGAUUUUAAUAAAAUUAGUACUGGAAAUAACUUGGAUGGCAAACAACACUCGACGGAAGGCAACUCCACUAUUAGCAAUGAAACUAUUACCGACGACAACGGCAAUUCAGCGGAUAUGGAGGUUAAAUCAUUUAGCAAACUCGAUGAUGAAGACGAUCAGCACGUUGCAAAUACGGGCACAGCAGAUUUUGAGAAUGACGAAUUAGGUGUUGAACAUCUUCCUUCGAAAUUGGAUGUGAUGACCAAGGAACAGCUGCUAGAAAAAAUCGAGGAUGAAAACCGCCAAAAUGAUCCAGUGGUAGCAGUAAUAAACACUUCUUCGGAUAAAGAUCGCGACACCACCGGUAAAUGCGCGUUUCAUACUUUAUUUCUUAUAUUCAAUGUCGUCUUUAAACUUUAA